CUUCUUUUCUUUUAUAUUAUAUUUUUUGAGAAAGAAAUAGAAAAGUCUUUUGAUUUAUCGAAUAAUAACGAAGAAAAUAUAACUUCACCACAACAAUUAUUAGAACAAAGCGCACUCCAAUAUGUUGAUAAUGACACUAACAUGAUGUUUAACCCUGAUCAUUACUCAGUUACACCAGAGCAACAGAGUAAUACAGACGAAAUAAGAUAUAACAAUAAUUAUAAUAACAAUAGCUCUACAAUGACUUCUUCGUCUGAAAUCUAUCAACAACCAGAAAAUAUGUCUGUUUAUCAAAAUAAUAUUCAUCCAUUUGAUGCAAUCUAUAAUCAAAAUAUCUCUCCUACUUUCUCAUCUCAGCAGCAGCAGCAAGAGAAUCAACUUAGUUUUGAUCAAUUCAUAUAUAGUCAACAUCGAGGAAGUUUGGAUAUGAUUCAUGAAAAUAGCUUGUUUAGUUCAUCACAAGAACCAUCAAGUAUUCAACCACCGGAACCUAAAAUAACUUAUCAUCGUCGUCAUACAGAGAGUGCGAUCCCUACAAGGAAAUAUAAUAGUAGCGGUAGAAGACAAAGGACGCAUUCCACUGGUGGAGAUAAUAAAAAGGAGGACAUAGAUGAAGAGAGUAAACGAAAACAAUUUUUAGAAAGAAAUAGACAGGCAGCAUUAAAAUGUAGACAAAGAAAGAAACAAUGGCUGGCUAAUUUACAAGAUCGAGUCGAAUUCCUUACUACGGAUAAUGAACAACUUCAAUGUCAAGCUACUAUGUUAAGAGAGGAAGUAUUGAACCUAAAAACAUUAUUAUUGGCACAUAGAGAUUGUAAAGUUGCACAAGCUAAUGGUGUUACUAUGGAAAUGCUCAAAAACAUUACAGCCAAUAGUAUGACACCUUUUACUACUAC